AUGGAGCGGGGAGAUGAACUCAUCCAAGCAGCCCGUGUUGGAAACGAGGCGGCGGUGCGGCAGCUGCUGGCGGCAGGCGCUCGGGCGGAUCAAGCCAGCGGCGCGGAUGGCUGGCUGCCGCUGCAUGUUGCCAGCUACUACGGCCACGAGGGGGUGGUGAGGCUGCUGCUGGAGGCUGCAACAGCCACCGCGGCAAUGACAGACUACCAUGGACAGACAGCCUUGCACUACGCCGCGCUGGGAUGGACGCCUGCAACACUGGCAGUCGUGCGCCUGAUGCUGGAGGUUGCCCCAAACACAGCCUUGGCAGUGGAUAGUUGCGGCUUCACGCCGCUGCGCCGUGCUGCUGGCGAUCGCAGCAUUGAAGUGGUGAGGCUGCUGCUGUCGGCGGCGCCCGCCGCAGCCGCAAUGCUUGACGCAAGGCAGUGGGGCCCCAUCCACGUCGCCGCUUCUCACAGCAACGCGGCAUCCGUGCAGCUGCUGCUGGAGGCGGCGCCAGAGCUGGCUUUUGCACAGGACAAUGAAUGCCGCACACCGCUGCAGAUGUUCAGCCCGCGCUCUGCCAGCCUCUUUGCCGACCUGGUGGCCCGCCUGCCGCUCAGCCAGGAGCAGUGGCACUCAUUUCCUGCUCCCUGCCCCGACCUGGCUCGAGCGCUGCCAGCCGUCCUGCAGCGCUCGGCGGCCGAGGCGGUGUGGCUGGUGGGGCGGCUUGCAGAGGGGCAGCGUGCGCGGCUGCGGGCGACAGCGCUCAGCCUGGCGCGGGUGAAGCGGGGCAUGCCGCCCCUGCCAGCAGAGCUGAGCGGGCGCAUACUGGCGCUGUGCCUGCUGGGCGCAUGA